AAAAAUUCUUUGCUUAUCUGGGUCCUAGAUUUCUUAUCUCUAUUGCAUAUAGUCUAGUAAAGCAUGCCACCCUGUAUGCACCAGUUUUUUCUGGCUGCAUACUUGAUAUUUCUUUCUGUAUGUAAUGAAUUAGAUGCUAAUUUUUUUUUAGCAACAAUUAUCUGGUGGGUUAUAGUAGCAAUAUCAAUUUUUAACUUCAGAAUGUUUGAUUAAAAAAGGUAUUUUAAACACUGUUGGAACUGUAAAAAGAAAUUCUGAAAUUGAUCCGGAAUAAUUCAUUAAGAUAUUUCUAUUGGCAGCCUACACAAGAAGGAUCUUGGAAGCAUGAAGCAUAUUUGUUGUUUCCAGUUCAUUUGGAUGGAACAUUGUUGGACAAUGCUAACACUAUGAAAGCUAAAAAGGAGUUAUUCUCAUCCACCGAUGAUCUUCAUAUAUUUCGACAGCUUUGUGCAGGACUCGAGCACAUGCACAAUUUAGAUCCACCAUAUGCUCAUAAUGAUGUCAAGCCUAGUAAUGUCCUCAUAACUCAUGGGAAAGGACAACCACCACUAGCCAUAUUGAUGGAUUUUGGUAGUGCUCGGCCUGCAAGGAGGCAGAUUCAAUCUCGUUCUGAGGCACUACAAUUGCAGGAAUGGGCAUCUGAGCAUUGUUCAACACCUUUUCGAGCUCCUGAGUUGUGGGAUUGUCCAAGUAAUGUAGAUAUCGAUGAGAGAGCUGAUAUUUGGUCAUUAGGAUGCACUUUAUAUGCGAUAAUGUGAUAAUGUUUUUUACCAUGUGAUUUAAGAUUUAUUGGUUUAAGUUUUCGGGUCUUUGUCUCCUGAGAGCUAUAAUAUAAUUUGAUGACAAUGUUGAAUGUUUUAAACUAAUUUGUGGAUUGUUAAUACAAUGUUGAAUGCUUUUUACUUUUUGUUAUUUGAAAAUCAAGUUCAUUU